AUGGAGACACCAGCCGAGAUGACGCAGAGGGAGCGCAUGCUGAGCGGGCUGCCAUACGAGGCCUGGGACCCCGAACUCGUCCGCAUGCGCCACCGCGCCCGCCGUCUCCUUCGAGAACACAACGCCACCACCGAGGAGGAGCCGGACAAGCGGUCGGCGCUGCUGAAGGAGCUGUUGGGUGCGGGUGGCGAGGGUGCCUACAUCGAACCGCCCUUCUACUGCGACUACGGGACGCACAUCAAGGUGGGCAAGGGGUUCUACAUGAACUUCGACUGCGUUAUCCUCGAUUGCGCGAUGGUGGAGAUCGGCGACAACGUUCUGUGCGCGCCCAAGGUGCAGCUCUACGCCGCCACCCACCCGCUCGACGCUGCUGAGCGCAUCAAGGGGCCGGAGCUGGCCAAGCCGAUCAAGAUCGGCAACAAUGUGUGGUUGGGUGGUGGGGCCAUCGUGUGCCCCGGCGUGACCAUCGGGGACAACACGACCAUCGGCGCCGGCAGCGUAGUCACCAAAGACAUCCCGGCCAACGUGCUGGCCGCAGGCAAUCCGUGCCGAGUCAUCAAGCAGCUCGCCCCACCCGCCAGCACCUCCUCCGAAACCAGCCAAUAA